CUGGAUGGUACUCGAUCCUUACGUUACCCAGUCACACUCAGCCACGCAAGGGCCAGGGGGCCUUCUGUCUCCCUUCGUAGAGGACAUGGCAGUCACAUGCUGCCAGACGUGCAAGACUCACGGAGAGUCUUACGUCGACUUCGAAUUCAAUGGAAAAGGGGAACCUGCUUUGCAACACACAGAGGAAGCGCUGAGAUUGAACAUACUCCAUGCAACUGACUUGACUUUCCCAGUGUACGGAUACAAGUUACAAGACAAAUUCAGGCAUGAGUUUGGCUACACAGGGAUAGUGGAAUCCCCUGGGAUUGCUUACGUAAUAAACACCAAUUAUGGCAACGAGACACCUACAUCCUUGGUGCAUGCUGUUUUUGCAUGCUGGCCGCUGGCUUUAAUGGGGAUCUUGCUGGCUUAUAUCUUUGGAUUUAUAAUGUGGGCCGUGGAUCAAGCACAGAAUGCCGAACAUUUUCCUCGAUCGUUUUUUUCCGGAAUUUGGGAAGGAUUUUGGUGGGCCUACGUUUCCAUGACAACUGUAGGGUAUGGAGACCGCACUCCCUUUUCAAACGUCGGCAGGAUCGUGGCUAUUGUUUGGACACUGACGGGCGUUGUCAUCAUCGGUAUCUUGGUUGGUUUCAUCGCUGUGUCGCUGACAAGUGUAUCAGUUGGUGUGGACUACAAACUAUACGGAGCAAAUAUCUCUGCUAUCUACGGUUCUGCAGAAUACAAUUUGGGAUUGAGAAGGAACGCUAGAUUUGACAAAGAAAAGAAACACAGAAAUUUUGAGGAGAUCUACGAGCUUCUGUCUUCGAAUCAAAUCAGUGGUGUUCUCAUCGAUGGCUACGUUGUCGGGAGCAGAAAAAAUCUCUUCGAGAAACCAUUCCUAAGAAUUUACAGAGUUUACGAUUACUCUUCUGUAUAUGGUGUAGUGACCGGGGGCAACUCGACAAAACUUGGCAAAUGUUUCCGUGACUACAUACAACAGAACAUUGCCUUGAUUUUUCAACAUGUAGCAGAAAAUGUAGAGGCUAUUCAGGAGUCUCCAGAACCAUUAGAGGUUGAACGUUCUACAGGUGUAUUUGACAGCAGCAGCCAGUUAUUCACACAAAACCUAAUGAUACUCUUAGGGGCUCUGGGCGUCUGUAUUCUGUUAGGUGUGGUGUGGGAAAUUAUAUAUCGUGUGAAAAAAAGAUUGAAAAUACAACCACAAGACAACAGACAAGUAAACCUGCUGUCCACAGAGAUAACACAAAUGGUUACGGACUUGAAAUCCCAGGUUUUCAAGUUGGUUCUGGAAUUAAAAGAAAAGCACAAACGCCAAAGACGAUGCCAUUUGACUGCGAAGAAGAACAGUCGAAAAUAUCAAUAUGAACAACUAGAACCAUCGACAAAAAAUUCUGCGAAAGACAGUUGUGAAGACGAAGACCUAGGCAGUGGAAUAGUUGCGGGCCCGCAAAUGUUUCAGAAAGCUGUUGGUGAACAGGAAAGCCUGCGGGAACAAAGUCCUGACCCUUGUCUAAUCGAAAAUUUAGCUCCUUUUCAUGUCAAAGGGGAAAAGCGAGAAAGCGAAGCAUGACCGUGAGAGAACUAAGUGCUGGCCUUCUCCUGAGGCUGGUGACAACCUUUUUCGCGCGCUUUUAUUAUCAACACCAUAAUCUUUAUUUCAUAAUUAUUCAAUUAAUUUUAAACUGAGCUAUGAGCUGGAAAACAUUGUCGAAAAUUAAGUCACGCACUGUUGUUUUUAUCUGCAUUUUCGGGUGUUCUUGUGAAGACGAUGGACGAGAACCAUAAAAUGCAAAUGCAGUAUUCUUAUGAAAACGCAUCAGUUACGGCCUUAUAAUUAAGCAAAGAGUAGGCUACUUAACGUAUAUGAGAACACCAGAAGCCAUAUCCUUCGACAAAUUAAACAAUUAUUCCACGAGCGCGCAUGGUAUAUGGGAUGAUAGAUAGCAGGCCUUGUUGGCCAUAAUCACAAGCGUCGAUGGAAUAAUUGUUUUAUUUAAGACGCCCCUAAAUAUAGAUAAAUCUUCCUAACUUUAUUGUGUUAGAACAAACUGAGUGUUACAAUGUACAAAAACACUUCCACUUUAACUCGUCUUCAUGCGCGCGCAUGGUAUAAUAGCUCAUAGGCUAUGAUAGCUAAGCCAAUGAAAACUCUUGAAUUGCAUCAUCCAAUGAUCCAGUUUUUAAUAAUAUAAAAUAUACGUGCUGCCUCACAAUGUAAUUUCUCUCUGGAAUUAACUUGACCAGAAUUUCAACACGAACUCGAAGAAAUUAGACGGUACUAAACCGCUAGUAAUAUUACUUUAAACUAGGAUAGUUUUAUUACCCGUUCGUUGCAUAAAACAAAAACAUGUCCGUCAUGGUCCUCUCGUCUUCUUUCGGUCAGACUGAAGAUAAUUUCACGCUUCGCAGGAUUCGACUUAAAAAAAAUCCUCAGCUGCGUAUCUAGGGAAACACAACGGUUAAACGUCUGCACAUGUGAUCACUGUGUAAUGACUAGGUGGCGUGCUUUCAGGCUGUUAAGAGUAAACUUGUCUCACUUGGUACACGAGUUACAAACAACCACACAACCCAGUAAGUCCCGGCGUUUUAAAAGCGUAUAACUUUUUUGUUACAGCUUAAAAUAGAAUGGUAAAUUAACAGGAUACGCGUACUUGAAUAAACUUUUUGUUCGAAAAGUCUCGAGUCUCCCUUGUCCCCAUUUUUGUUUCCUUUUACAGAUUUCUAGGAACGUUUUAAUUUUUUUUUUCUUACUCUGCGAGACAGCAGUUGUUUCUAUGUUUUCCUUUGAAUUAUAUGCGGGAAAUUGGUGUUCGGUUGGCCGGAACUGACCCCCUCGCGUAUUUCUGUCGUUUGACUGCCUGGUAUAAACUGCUUCUAAUUUAGAUACUCCAUUUGCCGAGCUCACGAUACACAAGAGAAGAGGAACAGCAGUAAAAGCCUUUUCAAAAAAUGCCCGCUGGACUUCA